UCUCAGUCCAAUCCGCUGCGUCAGAUUGUGUGUCCGACCUUGUUCUGGCUGGAGGGGAAUUAAAGUCUGGCAGCUGAACUCUGGAUCUCGCAUCUCGCAUCUCGCAGUGAGUUCGCUCCGUUGCUUGGCAAACUCAAUCCCAUCCCUACUCCCUAUAACUGCCCUUCCCCCGACGGCCUCGACCGCAGCUUUUCGCCGGCGACUUCCUCCACGCCUCGAAGUUCCCUCGCUUUUUCCCUCCCCCACGACAUCAUGGCCGUCAGGGAGUCUCCCCCGGCCACGGCCACGGCUACCUCCACCGCGAAGGACGCGCGACUGGCAGACCCCGAGGAUUCGCAAUUGCUGGCCAAAAUGGGCUACAAACAGGAGCUUCGGAGACAGUAUUCCACCGUGCAGAUCUUCGCCGUCGCGUUCAGUAUCAUGGGCUUGGUGCCGUCCAUCGCUUCGACUAUCGCUUUCUCCUUGCCGGCUGGUCCUGCGGGCAUGGUUUGGGGGUGGUUGACUGCGAGUAUCUUGAUCUUCUUCGUGGGAUUGGCUAUGGCUGAUAUGGCAUCCGCUAUGCCUACGGCAGGUGGACUCUACUGGUGGACACACUACUUCGCGGGGGAGAGGUACAAGAAUGCGCUGAGCUUCCUGGUGGGAUACAGCAACACCAUGGGGUUGAUCGGGGGGAUGUGCUCGGUGGAUUACACGCUAUCGCUGAUGAUCCUCGCCUGCGUGUCCAUCGCGCGUGACGGCGAGUGGUCCGCAUCCAACGGCAUUAUCUACGGCGUCUACGUCGGGCUGAUCCUCCUGCAUGCCCUCUGCGGUAUCUUCACUGGCCAUAUCAUGCCGCGCAUCCAGACCUUCUGCAUCUUCAUCAACAUCGCCAUCAUCGUCGCCACCGUUGUCGCUCUCCCCAUUGGCAAAGUCACUAACGGCGGCUCCCUCAACUCAGGGACCUAUGUCUUCGGGCACGUCGACAACGCGACCUCGUGGCCCACCGGAUGGACCUUCAUCCUAGCCUUCCUGGCACCGAUCUGGUCGAUCGGGUUUUUCGACUCAUGCGUGCAUAUGAGCGAGGAGGCCCUGCACGCCGCCAAGGCUGUCCCGCUGGGCAUUAUCUGGUCGUCCGGAUGUGCCUGUGUGCUGGGGUUCCUGGUGCUGAGCAUUCUGGCUGCGGUGAUGAACCCAGAUGUCAAUGCGACGAUUAACUCGGUUUUCGGCCAGCCGAUGGCGCAGAUCUACUACGACGCGCUCGGCAAGAAGGGCGCCCUGGGUUUCAUGGCCGUGCUGAUCGUGAUCCAGUUUCUGAUCGGACUGAGCUUGAUCGUGGCCGCCUCCCGCCAAGCAUGGGCCUUCUCACGCGACGGUGCACUGCCUUUCUCGCGCUACUUCCGCCACGUCAGCCGACGGGUACGGUACCAGCCUGUCCGAGCGAUCUGCGGCCUCGUCGUGGUGUGCAUCAUCUUCGGUCUGCUCUGUUUGAUCAACUCCGUCGCCGCGAAUGCGCUGUUCUCCCUCUUCGUCGCCAGCAACUACGUGGCGUGGGGCACGCCGAUCCUGUGCCGGCUGAUCUGGGGCAAAGAGCGGUUCCGGCCGGGCGAGUUCUACACGGGAUUCAUGAGUCGGCCGAUCGCGGUGGUUGCGGUGCUGUGGUUGGCGUUUGGGUUGGUGUUGUCGAUGUUUCCGAGUGAGGGGCCGAAUCCGAGUCCGUCGGAAAUGAACUAUACGAUCGUAAUCAACGGGUUCGUCUGGUUGGCGUGCAUGUCGUACUACUUCCUGUUCGCGCGGAAGUGGUAUACGGGGCCGAAGAUGACGGUCGAUGGGGUGGAAGAGGAGGAUACGACUCAGAAUGGGUCGUUGCAUAAGGAUCCGUCGACUACUUAUAAAUGAUAAUGAUAGAUGUAAACCAUGUACUUUAGUAUAGUAUAAACAAU